AUUAAAAGGAAACGGGGCCUGGCUGCCGAAGCGGCCUCCGCUAGGGGGCUACUGCGGGAGGAUUCCCGGGGGGCGUCGCCUGCUUCCGCCGCCGCCUCCUUCAGUGAAAGUCCCUUUUGGGUCCAGCUGUCACAGGCACCGCGCUCCCUCAGGCCGGGCGGGGGACACCCCAGGUCUGCGUGGCCCCCGCGCCGCCACGCCCAGUGGCCGCCAGAGCCCUGCGAGCAGGGGGAGGAGCCGCCGCCAGUGGAGGCGGAGGAGGUAGAGGAGGCGGAGACGGCGGAGACGGCGGAGAAGGCGGAGAGGAAGGUGGAGGCGGAGGCGAAGGUGGAGGGGAAGGUGGAGGCGGCGGGGAAGGUGGAGGCGGCGGGGAAGGUGGACGCCGCCGGGAAGGUGGAGACAGCAGAGGGUCCGGGCCGCCGGGUUGAGCUCAAGCUGGAGCCCGAACCCGAGCCGGUACCGGAGGCGGAGCAGGAGCCGAAGGGGGAGCCGAAGCAGGAGCUGGAGGAUGAGAACCCGGCGCGGAGCGGCGGUGGCGGCAGCAGCGACGAGGUUCCUCCCCCCACCCUUCCCUCCGACCCCCCGCGGCCCCCCGAUCCCUCUCCUCGGCGCAGUCGUGCCCCCCGCCGCCGACCCCGGCCACGGCCACAGACCCGACUCCGUACCCCGCCGCAGCCUAGGCCACGGCCCCCGCCCCGGCCCCGGCCCCGGCGCGGCCCUGGGGUCGGAUGCCUGGAUGUGGAUUUCGCUGUGGGUCCACCAGGCUGUUCCCACGUGAACAGCUUUAAGGUGGGAGAGAACUGGAGGCAGGAACUGCGGGUGAUCUACCAGUGCUUCGUGUGGUGUGGAACCCCAGAGACCAGGAAAAGCAAGGCAAAGUCGUGCAUCUGCCAUGUGUGUGGCACCCAUUUGAACAGACUUCACUCUUGCCUUUCCUGUGUCUUCUUUGGCUGCUUCACCGAGAAACACAUUCACGAGCACGCCGAGACAAAACAACACAACUUAGCCGUAGACCUUUAUUACGGAGGUAUAUACUGCUUUAUGUGUAAGGAUUAUGUGUAUGACAAAGACAUUGAGCAAAUUGCCAAAGAAGAGCAAGGAGAAGCUUUGAAAUUACAAGCCUCCACCUCAACCGAGGUUUCUCACCAGCAGUGUUCAGUGAUGGGACUCGGUGAGAAAUAUCCAACCUGGGAGAUGACCAAACCCGAGUUAGAACUGCUGGGGUACAAUCCGAGGAGAAGAAGGAUCACCUCCAGCUUUACCAUCGGUCUGAGAGGACUGAUCAAUCUUGGCAACACGUGCUUUAUGAACUGCAUCGUCCAGGCCCUUACCCAUACUCCCAUACUGAGAGAUUUCUUCCUCUCUGACAGGCACAGGUGUGAGAUGCCGAGUCCUGAGCUGUGUCUGGUCUGCGAGAUGUCUUCACUCUUUCGGGAGUUGUACUCUGGAAACCCGUCUCCUCACGUUCCUUAUAAGUUGCUGCACCUGGUAUGGAUACAUGCACGCCACUUAGCAGGGUACAGGCAGCAGGAUGCCCACGAAUUCCUCAUUGCAGCCUUAGACGUCCUGCACAGGCACUGCAAAGGCGAUGAUGCUGGGAAAGCUGCCAACAAUCCCAACCACUGUAACUGCAUCAUAGACCAAAUCUUCACAGGUGGCCUGCAGUCGGAUGUCACCUGUCAAGCCUGCCAUGGUGUCUCCACCACCAUAGACCCAUGCUGGGACAUCAGUUUGGACUUGCCUGGCUCGUGCACCUCCUUCUGGCCCAUGAGCCCAGGGAGGGAGAGCAGUGUGAAUGGGGAGAGCCACAUCCCAGGAAUCACCACCCUCACAGACUGCUUGCGAAGGUUUACAAGGCCAGAGCACUUGGGAAGCAGUGCCAAAAUCAAGUGCGGUAGUUGCCAAAGCUACCAGGAGUCUACCAAGCAACUCACGAUGAAUAAAUUACCUGUUGUUGCCUGUUUUCAUUUCAAACGGUUCGAACACUCUGCCAAACAGAGGCGCAAGAUCACUACAUAUAUAUCCUUUCCUCUGGAGCUGGAUAUGACCCCAUUUAUGGCCUCAAGUAAAGAGAGUAGGAUGAAUGGACAGUUGCAGCUGCCAACCAAUAGUGGAAACGACGAGAAUAAGUAUUCCUUGUUUGCUGUGGUUAAUCACCAAGGAACCUUGGAGAGCGGCCAUUACACCAGCUUCAUCCGGCACCACAAGGACCAGUGGUUCAAGUGUGAUGAUGCCGUCAUCACCAAGGCCAGUAUUAAGGACGUGCUGGACAGUGAAGGGUAUUUACUGUUCUAUCACAAACAGGUCCUGGAGCACGAGUCAGAAAAAGUGAAAGAAAUGAAUACACAAGCCUACUGAAGUGAUACACAGACCCACCUGCAAUGGAAGAUGGCGACACCUGUACUACAAGUGGCAUCGAGAUUUAAAGGACCUACUUGCAUGGCCCAUGGGCCUGACAGAGUAAGAAUUGAACAGUACCCAGUGUCUCAAAGGUCACGGUUGGAAGAGAAAUAGACGGGGCGGGAGAAGAGGCUCUAGUCUAAAUGGUCACUUAAAGGAGAAUUCAAUGGCAGGAAUGCUCUAGGCGGAGAAGGCAGGAGCAGGGAAAUCCUGACACUGGUACAUAUCCUAUAUUCCUCCAAAAGAUUGUGUGGGAAAGUGUGGGGUGGGUGGGGGGUGGUGUGUGUGGGGGGGGUGUGUGCCCUUGUAACCAUAAAACAUCUUUCUCCAUGGGUGUUUCAGCUUCAACUGACCAAUCACAUAACAGUUAUAUGUUUGGAGGGGGAAAGAAAAGUCUAUACAAAUGUAGCCCAUUACCUGUAUGGGUAUGAAAGCAGAAAAGUGGAGGAGGCAAGGAUAUCUCAUUGACAAACACCUUUGCCAGUUUCUUUGUAUUCGUGAUUUUUUGUGCUAUUAAAUGCAGUAUUAAUAAAAAAAAAAAGAGCCCAUGGGGCUAGUGAAAGAAGAAAGAAGGGGGCUUGCAUAAGGGGAAAAGUUGCUCCAAAAGUAGAGAAGACAAAAAAAAAUACUGUAAGAUAAGCAACCAACACAGACAGGCCUCAGCUAAAAGUAUAGUGUGUGAGUGUUUAAAAAAAAAAAGCUGUAUGAUAUACUUGAGCAAAUCAAUGAACCUCUUUGCGAUUGUUUUCUCAUCUGUAUAAUGCAGAUAAUUCCUACCUUAAAGGGUUAUUGUUAAAGAUUAAAUGAUAUAAAAUGUGUCAAAGUAUAAAGUAAAAGGCUUGGAACUUUG